GUAUGAUGCAUCAAGACACAUCUGAAAUGUAUGAAAUUGCAUAAUUACCCUUAACUUUUUGCUUAUUUGGAAAUCAGGCGCCACUUCUUCUUCUUUACCGUUUAUACACUGUUCUGAUCUCAGACACGGCGAUGGCGUGCACUCACACUUCCCAAUCUGCUUCGUUUCUUCGCCUGAUUUUCCUCUGUGCUUCUGCACUUCUGGUAUUCGCCAAUGAAAAUGAACACUCCCUCUUUAUUGUUCAAAAUACUACAGUGCAGCUAUUCCGUGGUUUUCCUGUGGGAAACUCUCCUGGUUCCAAGCCUGGUGCUACUGUUAUUGUUGAAAGAGUUCAUUUACAUGGUCGGUCGAGGUUUAAAAACUUAGGAAAAUAUGCUCACUCUGUGAAAGUGAAGUUGUUGCCUGCAAAUUCAAAUGUCCGCGUGCCAAAUAUAGAGGUUUGCUUCCAUAGGAAUGCAUCUCUCGCUAUAGGGAUGUGCCCACAAGGCCAGUGGGAGAAAGUUGCCAAGGGAUCUUGGGUUCGAUCAAUGUCUCCUUUUGACCAUAAGCUCUUAGAUAUAAGAACGGUAGGCUCAACACUGGAGAAUUUUGAGGUGUCUGCUGAAGAAGAAUUUUUUGCUUAUCGCAUUAUGUUGCUAAUAUUGGGUGUUACCCUGAUGAGCUCGGCAUCCUUUUUAAGCCAAUCUUUAGCAUUUUAUUAUAGUAGUGCAAUGGCAAUUGGAAUAAUUCUUGUGAUACUGAUCAUUCUUUAUCAGGGAAUGAAACUUCUUCCUACUGGCCGGAAAAGUUCCUUUGCUAUAUUUUUAUAUUCAUCUGCUAUUGGCUUGGGGACAUUUCUCCUCCGUUAUAUUCCUGGUUUGGUUCGUUCAAUACUUUCGGAGCUAGGAAUUGAUGAAGACAUGUAUAAUCCUCUGGCAAUAUUUUUGCUCACUUUUGUUGCCAUAGCUGGGGCUUGGUUAGGAUUUUGGGUGGUCAAAAAGCUUGUCCUGACUGAAGAGGGAUCUGUGGAUUUAAGCACUGCUCUAUUUGUUGCAUGGGCCAUAAGGAUUUUGGCCGCUAUUACGAUUCUUCAGAGUUCUAUGGAUCCUCUGCUGGGAACAUCGGCAUUAAUAUGUGGCUCACUUUUUCCCUCUUUGAAAAGGGUGCUUAGAUUGAGAUUCAUACGCCGCUUGCCCAGGCGAUUAUUUAAAUCACCCAAGAAAAACAGGAGACCCCAUGUUUAUAAUUUGUCACCUUUUGAUGAUGAAGAUGACGAGCAUUACGACAAUAUAGAGGACUCUUCACUUAAACGGCCACAACGUAAAAGCUCCCCUAUAACCCCUUGCAAAUCUUCUGAACGAGGCUUCAAUAGGUCGCUACCUAAAACGCUGACAAAGGAGUUAUAUCCAUCCAUCAUACACACUACACCUGAAAGAAGAAAAUAUUCAGCUGCAGAAUGGGAUGAGUUCACAAAGAAGUCCACUGAAAAAGCCUUGGAAGAGCUUGUUCAAUCUCCUGAUUUUGGUAAAUGGUUGUCCACCAAUGCAGAUAGGAUUAGUGUGACGCCCAACUCCGGAACUGAUCGGCCACGCAGGUGGUUGUGGUCUUGAGCCACUCGUGUUUUCCCACAGAAUGCUGAUAGCUUCAUUGAAGUAGCUUAGAGAAAGAAAGAGGGUUUCAUGCCUGUAUAAUAGAAGGGCAAUGUUGUAGAUUAGAUAAGCUUUAAUGGUGUAUAUUUGUUGUGAUUAGUAGUGUUGUUCACGGUUUAGAAAUAUGUAGAUACUCAUUCUCUUUAGUCUGUGCUAGUAGAGUAGUAGUGGUUUAUCACUUUCCGGUUUCCCGUUUACUAGGAAUGUUUCGAAAAUUGCUUAUAAUGGACCAUAUUGCCUUUGGUUUAAA